AUGAUCCUCUCUGAGAGAAACUGCACCAUGGUGACAGAGUUCAUUCUCCUGGGCUUCUCAGAAGGUCCAGAGCAGCAGCUUCCCCUGUUUGUGGUGUUCCUCACAAUCUACACUGUCACCCUGAUGGGGAAUCUGGGGAUGAUCUUGCUAAUCAGGAUCAGCAGCCGGCUUCACACUCCUAUGUACUUUUUCCUAUGCAACUUGUCUGUUGUCGAUAUAAGUUACUCAUCAGUCGUCACCCCAAGACUGCUAAUGAACUUUCUAGCAGAUAAGAAAUCUAUUUCCUUCAGUGCAUGCUUUGCUCAGCUUUACUUCUUUGUUGCCUGGGUGUGCACUGAGUGUUUCUUGCUGGCCACAAUGGCAUAUGACCGAUACAUGGCCAUCUGCAACCCAUUGCUCUAUUCUGCAAUUAUGACAAAAAGGAUCUGCGUGCCCUUGGUUGCUGGUUCGUGUCUCAUCGGCUUCACAAAUGCUAUGGUAACAGUCAGUUUUCUAAGCCGGUUACAAUACUGUGGCUCUAAUGUCAUCAGGCAUUUCUUCUGUGACACUCCUCCCCUGUUAGCCCUAUCCUCUGAUGGCCACGUCACUGAAAUGAUCAUUUCCUUCCUAGCAGGACUCACCACCAUUGGAUCCCUGGUCAUCAUUCUCUUCUCUUACCUAUUCAUUCUGUCUGCCAUCCUGAAGAUCCGUUCUGCUCAAGGCAGGCACAAGGCCUUCUCCACUUGCACUUCUCACCUUACAGCUGUCACCAUCUUCUACGGCACUCUGAUAUUUACAUACCUGCGUCCCAAUACAAGCUACUCAUUGGGUCGAGAUCAAGUGGCAAGUGUCUUUUACACAGUGGUGGUCCCUAUGAUGAACCCUCUGAUCUACAGCCUGAGGAACAAGGACGUGAAGGAGGCAUUCAGGCAAUCCGUGAGAAUGAAACUCUUUUUGUAA